AUGGCAGUCUUCGACUCCGCCCCCGAACCCGUCAAUGAGUUGGGUCGUUAUCGAAUCCUCUCAUCAACGGCGGGGAUUCGUGUCUCUCCGCUUCAGCUGGGUGCUAUGUCUAUCGGCGACGCCUGGUCCGAGGACUUAGGUAGUAUGAACAAGGAGCAGUCAUUCAAAAUACUGGACGCUUUUUUCGAGGCUGGUGGGAACUUCAUUGACACUGCCAACAAUUAUCAGAAUGAGCAGUCUGAAGAAUGGCUGGGUGAAUGGAUGUCCCUUCGCCAGAAUCGAGACCAAAUUGUCAUGGCAACAAAGUACACUUGCGAUUACAAGUCCUAUGCUUAUGGCAAGGGAAAGGUUCCCAAUUCCUGCGGCAACCACAAACGCAGCAUGUUCAUGAGUGUACGGGAUUCCCUGAAGAAACUUCAGACUGAGUGGAUCGAUAUCCUCUAUGUGCACUGGUGGGAUCAUACAACCUCAAUUGAGGAGAUGAUGGAUAGUCUACAUAUCCUGGUGGAGCAAGGAAAAGUCCUAUAUCUGGGUGCCUCAGAUUGCCCAGCAUGGGUUGUGGCCACAGCCAAUACAUAUGCGCGUGCAAAUGGAAAGACCCCAUUUUCUGUUUACCAGGGUCGGUGGAAUGUGAUGCGACGUGAUUUUGAGCGGGAUAUUAUUCCCAUGGCUCGCCACUUCGGUAUGGCCCUUGCCCCCUGGGAUGUCCUGGGUAGCGGCCAUUUCCAGUCCAAGAAAGCUCUGGAAGCUCGCAAGAAGGAAGGUGAAAGCCUGCGUGGUAUGGCUGGUUUCUCGGAAAGUACGCAGAGCCCCGAGGAGGUGCGUAUUAGUGAGGCUCUUUCUAAAGUAGCAGAAGAGCAUGGAAUUGAAUCUGUCACUGCUAUUGCCCUAGCCUACGUCAUGGCCAAGACGCCUAAUGUCUUCCCCAUUGUUGGAGGAAGAAAGGUUGAGCAUCUUAAAGACAACAUGCAAGCCUUGCACAUCAGGUUGACCGAUGAACAGAUCAAGUAUUUGGAGAGUGUGAAUGAUUUUGAUGUUGGUUUCCCCGGUAAUUUCAUUCGGGAAGACCCCAGAGUAUCUGGAGGACCCGGGCCAAUGUUGCUGGAAGCAAAUACGAAAUUGGCAUAUGUUCGGGCACCCAAACCCAUUGGAUAUGAAAAUUAG